UCAAAUAAUGGAGAGAAAGGAAAACAACCAACAACAUAAAUUCUGAAUGCAGUUAGAGGACCCUCAAGGCAGUGUCUGAUGAAGCCUGAGCUGUGUCUCUGACUCAUUUCUGACUUUGGUUCUUUCAAUGGAAAAAAUGGCGAAGACACUUGGUUUCAUCCUUGUCGCCACUGUUCUGAUAAUGGUCGGGGAAAGCUGGGCCCUGGAGAACUGUUCCCAGGAGCAGGCACGGCUCAGAGCACAGGUGCACCUGCUCGAGACCCGGGUCAAACAGCAACAGGUCAGGAUUGAGCAGCUUUUGCAUGAGACGGAAGUCCAGCUCCUCGAUAAAGGAGAGGAGAAUAGUAUAACUGACCUUGGAAGCAAGAGGCAGUAUGCAGAUUGUUCAGAGAUUUUCAAUGAUGGCUAUAAGCACAGUGGAUUUUACAAGAUCAAACCUCUCCAGAGCCCAGCAGAAUUCUCUGUGUAUUGUGACAUGUCUGAUGGAGGAGGCUGGACUGUAAUUCAGAGACGAACGGAUGGCAGUGAAAACUUUAACAGAGGCUGGAAUGACUAUGAAAACGGCUUUGGAAAUUUUGUCCAAAAAAAUGGUGAAUAUUGGCUGGGCAAUAAAAACCUUCACCUAUUGACUAUACAAGGAGACUACACUUUAAAAAUUGACCUUGAAGAUUUUGAAAAGAAUAGCCGUUAUGCACAAUAUAAACGUUUCAAAGUUGGAAGUGAAAAGAAUUUCUAUGUGUUGAAUAUUGGAGAAUAUUCUGGAACUGCUGGAGACUCCCUCUCAGGGAGUUUUCACCCAGAGGUGCAGUGGUGGGCCAGUCAUCAAAGGAUGAAGUUUAGCACAUGGGACAGAGACAACGAUAACUACCAAGGGAACUGUGCCGAGGAAGAUCAGGCUGGCUGGUGGUUUAACAGGUGUCACUCUGCAAACCUAAAUGGCGUCUACUACAGAGGCCCCUACACAGCUGAAAAUGACAAUGGGGUUAUCUGGUACACCUGGCAUGGGUGGUGGUAUUCUCUGAAAUCUGUGGUUAUGAAAAUUAGGCCAAAUGAUUUUAUUCCAAAUAUUAUUUAAUUGUCCCUGCUGGGCUUUUAUUUUUGCAAUUCAUCUUAUUUAAAAUAAUUUGCAAAAGAGCAAUUCCGAACAUAUAAAUAAUGAUGGCAAUUAUUAUGCGUACUACUUUUCAUUUUUUUUAACUUCCUUUUAUUACUUAGUGCACUUUUGGUACAACAAAUAUACAUUAUUUGGCAAAUAAAUGUAGAUUAUGUUAA